CGGCAGGCGCGGGCCGGGCCGAGGGGAGCGCACCGCCCAGGCAGCGGCCGGCCGCCCGGGUCUACGCGGCGCAGCGCCGAGCCCGCCCCAGGCCGGCAGCCCCCGCCCCGCGCCGGGCCCGCCCCUGCUUCCCACGGGCCGCCCGGCCCAGCCCCGCGCCGGAGCCACCUGGAGCCGCCUUCGCCGCCGCAGGUUGAUGCGCGGCGCCCUCCCGGGACGCGCGGAGGAGCCAUCUUGAAAGCAACUUCGCCAACUUUUCCGAAGUGCUCUGGAAGUGGAAGCUGCGGGGGAGAGCGGGCGCGCGGGCCCAGGUGACCCCGCCAGGGGUCCCCAGAAGGCCGGGGCGGCGGGGCGCGGGGCGCUCCGAGGGGCCGGCGGCGGGCGCGCGGGAGCCGCCCCCGGGCCGCGCCGGGUGGAUGCGGAGCCGCGCCGGGUGUAUGGAUUGUGCUCGGGCGCCGCGCGCGGGCUCCGGGCCAUGGCGCCGCCGCCCGUCCUGCCCGCGCUGCUGCUCCUGGUCGCCGCGGCCGCCCUGCCCGAGCUGGGGCCCCGAGCGGCCGCCUGGGAGCUGCGCGACCCCGGCGGGGCUCGCGCCUUCGCCCCGGGGCUCGGCUGGAGCUACGCUCUGGACGCGGCCCGCACGUCCCUGGUGUUGCGGGAGCAGCCGGCCGUGAGCCGGGCCGGGCGGCGGCGCAAUCCGGCCGCGGGGCCCCGGGGCUGCGCGCGCCUGGGGGGGCGCCCGGUGCCGCUGCCCGCCCGCCUAGUUGCGCGCGGCGCCCCGACGGCGCUGAGCCUCAAGCUGCGGGCGCGCGCGCACGGCGCCAGCUGCGGUACCCGGGCCCUGCGCCGGGCAGCCCCCGGCGCGGAGCUGCGCGCGCGGGCCAUGAUCCGGGCGCCCGGGCCAGGCUGGGCGCUCUGCUUCCCGGAACCCCGCGGCGGGGCUAUGCGGCUCUCAGCGCUCGCCAUCCUGCCUGCUUUCCCCGCCUGCCGCUGCCCGCCGCGCCCGGGGCCCGGCUGCCCGCGCCGCCCCGCCUGCCUGCGCCUUUUCUGCUCCCUUCGGCGCGCGGCUGGCGUCGUCCCCGCGGACUUGUCUCUCGAGGAGGCCGCGGGGACGCCUGGGGCAGCGCGGCGGGCCCGACGGGGCGCGGGCGACAGCACCAGCCCGCAGUUCCCGCUGCCCAGCUACCAGGUUUCGGUGCCCGAGAACGAGCCGGCGGGCACGGCGGUCAUCGAGCUGCAUGCGCACGACCCCGAUGAGGGCGAGGCAGGGCGCCUGAGCUACCAGAUGGAGGCCUUGUUCGACGAGCGUUCCAACGGCUACUUCCUCAUCGACGCCGCCACAGGCGCCGUGAACACGACCCGCGCCCUGGACCGCGAGACCAAGGACACGCAUGUGCUCAAGGUGAGCGCCGUGGACCACGGCUCGCCGCGGCGCUCGGCCGCCACCUACCUCACGGUCACGGUCAGCGACACCAACGACCACAGCCCGGUCUUUGAGCAGUCGGAGUACCGCGAGCGCGUGCGCGAGAACCUGGAGGUGGGUUACGAGGUGCUGACCAUCCGCGCCACCGACGGCGACGCGCCCUCCAACGCCAACAUGCGCUACCGCCUGCUGGGGGGCGCUGGCGGCGUCUUUGAGAUAGACUCGCGCUCGGGCGUGGUGCGCACGCGGGCCCCGGUGGACCGGGAGGAAGCGGCGGCCUACCAGCUGCUGGUGGAGGCCAACGACCAGGGCCGCAACCCGGGUCCGCUCAGUGCUACGGCCACCGUGCACAUCGCGGUGGAGGACGAGAAUGACAACUACCCUCAGUUCAGCGAGAAGCGCUACGUGGUCCAGGUGCCCGAGGACGUGGCGGUCAACACGCCCGUGCUGCAUGUGCAGGCCACUGACCGGGAUCAGGGCCAGAACGCGGCCAUCCACUACAGCAUCGUCAGCGGGAACCUCAAGGGCCAGUUCUACCUGCACUCGCUCAGCGGGAGCCUGGACGUGAUCAACCCGCUGGACUUCGAGGCCAUCCGCGAGUACACCCUGCGCAUCAAGGCCCAGGACGGGGGCCGGCCCCCGCUCAUCAACUCCUCUGGGCUGGUGUCUGUGCAGGUGCUGGACAUCAACGACAACGCACCCAUCUUUGUGAGCAGCCCCUUCCAGGCUGCCGUGCUGGAGAACGUGCCCCUGGGCCACUCGGUGCUGCACAUCCAGGCAGUGGAUGCGGAUGCUGGGGAGAAUGCCCGUCUGCGCUAUCGCCUGGUGGACACAGCCACGGCUGCCUUGGGGGGCGGGGGCGCUGGGCCCGAGGUCCCCUCCGUGGCCCCAGACUUCCCCUUCCAGAUACACAACAGCACGGGCUGGAUCACGGUGCGUGCCGAGCUGGACCGCGAGGAGGUGGAACACUACAGCUUCGGGGUAGAGGCUUUGGACCAUGGUUCCCCGCCCAUGAGCUCCUCGGCCAGCGUGUCCAUCAUGGUGCUGGACGUGAACGACAACGACCCAGUGUUCACGCAGCCGGUGUACGAGCUGCGUCUGAACGAGGACGCUGCGGUGGGGAGCAGCGUGCUGACCCUGCAGGCCCGCGACCGCGACGCCAACAGUGUCAUCACCUACCAGCUCACUGGCGGCAACACCCGGAACCGCUUUGCGCUCAGCAGCCAGAGCGGCGGCGGCCUCAUCACCCUCGCCCUCCCGCUGGACUACAAGCAGGAGCGGCAGUACGUGCUGGCGGUGACGGCGUCCGAUGGCACCCGCUCGCACACCGCACAGGUCUUCAUCAACGUCACCGACGCUAACACCCACCGGCCCGUCUUCCAGAGCUCCCACUACACAGUGAGUGUCAGUGAGGACCGGCCCGCGGGCACCUCCAUCGCCACCAUCAGUGCCACGGACGAGGACACGGGAGAGAACGCCCGCAUCACCUACCUGCUGGAGGACCCCGUGCUGCAGUUCCGCAUCCACCCGGACACCGGCACCAUCUACACCGUGACCGAGCUGGACUACGAGGACCAGGCCGCCUACACGCUGGCCAUCACGGCCAGGGACAACGGCAUCCCGCGGAAGUCCGACACCACCUCCCUGGAGAUCCUCAUCCUUGAUGCCAACGACAAUGCUCCCCGCUUCCUGCGCGAUUUCUACCAGGGCUCAGUCUUCGAGGACGCCCCGCCGUCCACCAGCGUCCUCCAGGUCUCCGCCACGGACCGCGACUCUGGCCCCAACGGCCGUCUGCUGUACACCUUCCAGGGUGGGGAUGAUGGCGACGGGGACUUCUAUAUCGAGCCCACGUCCGGCGUGAUCCGCACCCAGCGUCGGCUAGACCGGGAGAACGUGGCCAUGUACAACCUCCGGGCCCUGGCUGUGGACCGGGGCAGCCCGGCGCCCCUCAGUGCCUCAGUGGAAGUCCAGGUGGCCGUCCUGGACAUUAACGACAACCCCCCGGUGUUUGAGAGGGACGAGCUGGAGCUGCUAGUGGAGGAGAACAGCCCCGUGGGGUCUGUGGUGGCCAGGAUCCGUGCCCACGACCCCGACGAAGGCCCCAAUGCCCAGAUCAUGUAUCAGAUCGUGGAGGGCAACGUGCCGGAGGUCUUCCAGCUGGACCUGCUGAGCGGGGACCUGCGCGCCCUGGUGGAGCUGGACUUUGAGGUGCAGCGGGAGUACGUGCUUGUGGUGCAGGCCACGUCGGCGCCCCUGGUGAGCCGGGCCACCGUGCGUGUCCGCCUGCUGGACCAGAACGACAACCCUCCGGUGCUGCCCGACUUCCAGAUCCUCUUCAACAACUACGUCACCAACAAGUCCAACAGCUUCCCCAGUGGCGUCAUCGGCCGCAUUCCGGCCCAUGACCCCGACCUCUCGGACAGCCUCAGCUACGCCUUCCUGCAGGGCAACGAGCUCCGGCUGCUGCUGCUCGACCCCGCCACAGGCGAGCUGCAGCUCAGCCGCGACCUGGACAACAACCGGCCGCUGGAGGCGCUCAUGGAGGUGUCGGUGACCGACGGCCUCCACAGCGUCACGGCCCUGUGCACCCUGCGCGUCGCCAUCAUCACGGACGACAUGCUGACCAACAGCAUCACGGUCCGCCUGGAGAACAUGUCGCAGGAGAAGUUCCUGUCGCCGCUGCUGGCCCUCUUCGUGGAGGGCGUGGCCACCGUGCUGUCCACCCCCGAGGACCACAUCUUCGUCUUCAACAUCCAGAACGACACGGACGUCCGCGCCAACAUCCUGAACGUCACCCUCUCCGCCCUGCUGCGCGGCGGCACCCGCGACCAGUUCCUGCCCUCGGAGGACCUGCAGGAGCGCAUCUACCUGAACCGGACGCUGCUGACCACCAUCUCGGCCCAGCGCGUGCUGCCCUUCGACGACAACAUCUGCCUGCGCGAGCCCUGCGAGAACUACAUGAAGUGCGUCUCCGUGCUCAAGUUCGACAGCUCGGCGCCCUUCGUCAGCUCCACCACCGUGCUCUUCCGGCCCAUCCACCCCAUCAGCGGCCUGCGCUGCCGCUGCCCGCCGGGCUUCACCGGCGACUACUGCGAGACCGAGAUUGACCUCUGCUACUCCAGCCCCUGCGGCGCCAACGGCCGGUGCCGCAGCCGCGAGGGGGGCUACACCUGCGAGUGCUUCGAGGGCUACACGGGAGAGCACUGCGAGGUGAGCGCGCGCUCCGGCCGCUGCGCCAACGGCGUGUGCAAAAACGGAGGCACCUGCGUGAACCUGCUCGUCGGGGGCUUCCGCUGCGUGUGCCCCGCCGGCGAGUUCGAGAGGCCCUACUGCGAGGCGACCGCCCGGAGCUUCCCGCCGCGCUCCUUCGUCACCUUCCGCGGCCUGCGGCAGCGCUUCCGCUUCACCGUCGCCCUCACGUUCGCCACUCAGGACAGGAAUGCUCUGCUGCUCUACAAUGGCCGCUUCAACGAGAAGCAUGACUUCAUCGCCCUGGAGAUCGUGGACGAGCAGGUGCAGCUCACCUUCUCUGCAGGUGAGACCACAACCACGGUGACGCCGCAGGUUCCCGGCGGAGUGAGCGACGGGAAGUGGCACCUGGUGCAGGUGCAGUACUACAAUAAGCCCAACAUCGGCCGCCUGGGCCUGCCCCACGGCCCGUCUGGAGAGAAGGUGGCCGUGGUGACCGUGGACGACUGUGACACAGCUGUGGCCGUGCGCUUUGGGAGCUACAUCGGGAACUACAGCUGUGCCGCCCAGGGGACGCAGAGCGGCUCCAAAAAGUCCCUGGAUCUGACGGGCCCCCUUCUCCUGGGCGGGGUUCCCAACCUGCCCGAAGACUUCCCGGUGCACAACAGGCAGUUCGUGGGCUGUAUGCGGAACCUCUCCAUCGACGGCAAACUCAUGGAUAUGGCCGGCUUCAUCGCCAACAACGGCACCAGGGCAGGCUGCGCCGCCCAGAGGAACUUCUGUGCCGGCGUCGUGUGCCAGAACGGGGGCACUUGCGUCAACAAGUGGAACACGUAUCUCUGCAGGUGCCCACUGCGGUUUGGCGGGAAGAUCUGCGAACAAGCCAUGCCCCACCCCCAGCGCUUCGGCGGGGAGAGCCUCGUGUCCUGGAGCGACCUGGCCGUCACCAUCUCCGUGCCCUGGUACCUGGGCCUCAUGUUCCGGACCCGGAAGGAGGGUGGCGUGCUGCUGGAGGCCACCGCGGGCUCGGACUCCCGCCUCCACCUCCAGAUCCUGGACAGCCACGUCCAGUUCACGGUGUCCCACGGCCCCUCGGACAUGGCCUCCAUGACGCUGUCCGGGUCGCGGGUGGCCGACGGGGAGUGGCACCACCUGCUGGUCGAGCUGAAAAGCGCUAAAGAGGGCAAGGACGUUACGUACCUGGCCGUCAUGACUUUGGACUAUGGGGUGGACCAGAACAUGGUGCAGAUCGGGAACCAGCUUCCUGGGCUGAAGAUGAGAAGCGUCGUCGUCGGGGGCGCCUCUGCAGACAGGGCGUCUGUGCAGCAAGGGUUCCGGGGCUGUGUGCAGGGCGUGAGGAUGGGGGAGACGUCCACCAACGUCGCCGCCCUGAACAUGAACGACGCCCUCAAGGUCAGGGUGCAGGACGGCUGCGAAAUCGAGGACCCGUGCGCCUCGAGCCCCUGCCCGCAGCACAGCCUGUGCCGCGACACCUGGGACGGCUUCUCCUGCGUCUGUGACCGAGGGUUCUUUGGCCAGAAGUGUGUGGACGCAUGCCAGCUGAACCCCUGCGAGCACAUGGCAGCCUGCGUGCGCGCGCCCAGCUCUGCCCGGGGCUACGCCUGUGAGUGUGGGCCCAGCCACCACGGGCCGUACUGCGAGAACAAGAUUGACCUCCCGUGCCCCAAAGGCUGGUGGGGGCACCCCGUCUGCGGGCCGUGCCACUGCGCCGUCAGCAAGGGUUUCGAUCCCGACUGCAACAAGACCAGCGGCCAGUGCCGGUGCAAGGAGAACCACUACCGGCCCCCGGAGCAGGACGCGUGCCUGCCCUGCGCCUGCUUCCCGCAGGGCGCCCACAGCCGCUCCUGCCACCCCGAGACCGGGCAGUGCGCCUGCCGGCCCGGCGUCCUUGGCCGCCAGUGCAACCGCUGUGACAGCCCCUUCGCCGAGGUCACCGCGCUGGGCUGUGAAGACAUCCGACUCACCACGUGGCAGCACGAAGCGCCACAUCGGGUCAACGAGCUCCCGGGAGGUGUAGGGUCGGAGCAGCCACGGCCCCCGGGCCCCCUGGCCCACACCCCGCUGCUGCUUGUCUCCCCGCCCCAGAAUUCCCACCUUCCUCCUCCCCAGAGCCCGGGGGCUCACAGACUCCAGGACGGCAGUGUCCCUCCACCCGCCACCUGCCCCCCUCAGGCUCGCCAGGCCGGUGUCCCCACCCUUGGUCCCCCUGGGGGACUGGCCAGCCCUUUCCGCCCAGUGUGGCGACCCUCCCCGGGACAGCUGCGACAGAGCUCAGUUGGGGGGCUGGUCCCCAAGCAAGUGGAGCUGGCAGGGGCGCCUUGUAGCCGGCUCAGUGUGGGACAGCGGGGGCCCCCACACCCGGGGCCGCGGGGUGCGCUGGUGGCUGCGCUGAGCUGCGGCCUUCAGUGUGGAACGUUCCCACCCCAAGGCGGAGAGCGGGAGCCCCCCACCCCUGCCCCGGCACCUGACCCUGGCACAGCCCCUCCUCUCCUUGGCAACCCUGUUUCCAUCAGAUGCUUCCAGAAGGGGACUUGGGGGGCUCUGGGGUGCCGGCCCCUGCCCUCACACUCCAGGUCUGUUGCAGAAGGCCCUGUGGGGAGACCGGCCAGCCAGAGGGCUUCCCCGCAGACGGAGCGCCCAGGGCCCGGGGUUGAGGCGGAGACCCCCGUCGGACGGCAGCGGCGACACCCUGGUGACCCCGGACAGUCCGCUGUGGCACUAGUCCUCAUCUACCGGACCCUCGGGCAGCUGCUGCCCGAGAACUACGACCCCGAUCGGCGCAGCCUCAGGUUGCCCAGCUGGCCAGUCAUCAACACGGCAGUGGUGAGCGCGGCGGUGUACAGUGAGGGGGUCCCUCUCCUGAGCCCCCUGGGGAGGCCCGUCCUGGUGGAGUCGGCCCUGCUGGAGACCGAGGAGCGCACCAAGCCCGUCUGCGUGUUCUGGAACCAUUCCUUCAGUCCCGGUGGGCCCGGGGGGUGGUCGGCCAAGGGUUGCGAGCUGCUGUGGAGGAGCCGGAGCCGCGUCGCCUGCCAGUGCGGCCGCGUGGCCAGCUUCGCCGUGCUCAUGGACGUCUCCAGACGCGAGCACGGGGACGUCCUGCCCCUGAAGCUCGUCACCUACACCGCCGUGGCCCUGUCCCUGGCGGCCCUGCUGGUGGCCUUUGUUCUCCUGGCUCUGGUCCGCGCCCUGCGCUCCAACCUGCACAGCAUCCACAGGAGCCUCGUCGUGGCACUUUUCUUCUCCCAGCUGGUCUUUGUGGUCGGCAUCAACAGGACGGAAAACCCGUUCCUGUGCACGGUCAUCGCCAUUGCCCUGCACUACGUCUACCUGAGCGCCUUCGCCUGGGCCUUCGUGGAGAGCCUGCACGUCCACCGCAUGCUGACAGAGGUGCGCAACAUCGACUCGGGCCCCAUGAGGUUCUACUACGUCGUGGGCUGGGGCCUCCCGGCCGUCAUCACAGGACUCGCGGUGGGCCUGGACCCCCAGGGCUACGGGAACCCUGACUUCUGCUGGCUGUCCCUUCGCGACACCUUGAUCUGGAGCCUUGCGGGGCCUGUCGGGACGGUCAUCAUUGUCAAUACCGUUAUUUUUAUCCUGUCUGCAAAGGUUUCCUGCCAAAGAAAACACCACUAUUAUGAAAGAAAGCGGGUUGUGGCCCUGCUGAGGACCUCCUUCCUGCUGCUGCUGCUGGUGGGUGCCACCUGGCUGCUGGGGCUGCUGGCCGUCAACAGCGACACGCUGGCCUUCCACUACCUCUUCGCUGUCCUCAGCUGCCUGCAGGGCCUCUCCGUCCUCUUGUUCCACUGCGUGCUGAACCGGGACGUCCGGAAGCAUCUGAAGGGGGUGCUGGCUGGGAAGAAGCUGCACCCAGACGACUCGGCCACCACAAGGGCCACGCUGCUGACGCGCUCCCUCAACUGCAACAACACGUACAACGAGGAACCUGACUUGUACCGCACGGGCUUGGGCGAGUCCACCGCCUCGCUGGACAGCACCGAGAGGGACGAAGGGGCCCAGAAGCUCGGCCUGCCCUCUGGGCCGGCGCGGGACGGCCACGGGGAGCUGGAUGCGUCCUUCGCGCGCAGGAGCUCCGAGAAGGCCCGCGGCCACGACUCAGAUUCGGACAGCGAGCUGUCGCUGGAUGAGCAGAGCAGCUCCUACGCAUCUUCACGCUCGUCAGACAGCGAGGACGAUGGGACGGCAGCCAAGGACAAGUGGGACCCAGCCUCGGCUCAGGCCCACGCCCGCGGCCCCGUCCACAGCACCCCCAAAGUGGACACUGGGGCCAACCACAUUGGGUCCAGCUGGCCAGACGGGAGCUUGGCUGGCAGUGACCACGAGGGGCCCGGCGAGAAGCCCCGGCUGAAGGUGGAGACCAGAGUCAGCGUGGAGCUGCACCAGGAGGGCCAGGGCAGCCACCACGGCGACUGCAACGCCGACCGCGAGGGCCAAGGCCGAGCUCCGCCUGUGGCCGUGCCCAGCAGCCAGCCCCCGGAGCAGAGGAAAGGGAUCCUGAAGAACAGGGUGGUCUACCCGCCGCCGCUGACCGAGAAGGGCCUGAGGAGCCGGCUGCGGGAGAAGCUGGCAGACCGCGAGCAGAGCCCUGGCUCCUCGCGGACGUCCUCCCUGGGCUCUGGAGACGGGGCCCGCGCCCCCAUGGACUGUGGCAUCACUGUCAAGAACCCACCACGGGAACCGGGGUGUGCGCCCCUCAAUGGGGUGGCCAUGAGUGUGCGGACGGGGAGCGCCCACGAUGGCUCUGACUCUGAAGGCAGUAACGAAACUUCAAUUUGAACCAUCAGGAAACAGUGAGGGUCACCACCUCCACAAAGGCCACCGCACCCAUCCGCAGACCUCGGAGCUCAGGUGCCACUGCCCUGGGUGCGGCUCCCCAGGGCUUGGGACCCGUCAGACCCUGUGACAAGUGCCAAAGCCCGCUGGCACACGGAGACCUGGCCUUGGGCAGGCCCAGCUUUGUCCUCAGACUGCAGAAGGAGCCAAAGUCGUGCUGCAGCCCAGGCAUGAGAGGGCUCGGAGCCAGAGGGGCAGGGCGUGAGCUGGCCUUGCAGGAUGGGGACACCAGCCGGCCAGCAGCUCGCCACAGUUCAGGGACGCAGCGCGGGGAGAGGUGAGGGCCCGACUGCCGAGCAGGCAUCUCUGCAGAACAGGCCUGUGGCCACAGCCUCGAUAACCUCUGCAAAGGCACCGCUUGUCUCAAAGCAGAUUACCUGCUAUGUCGAGAAAGGCAGAGAUAUUUUUAUACGUUUUUGUGGGACCCUGAGAAAGUGAAACCUGUGUAGAGCUUACAUUUGGACACUUCGUUGAUAAGGAGAGAUCUCUGGGAUGUCCAGUCACUAUUUUUAUAGGUGAGCGAUUGCACCGUCAUACUUGAACCCGGCGAGCAUCGAUGUAACUGAUACCCAGCAACUCCACAGUGUGAAGUGCAUCGGGGGUGAGGUUUAGAACAAAGUCAUCCCACAGAAGUUCCUGCUGCUGACCUGGGCAAGGAACUGGGCACCCUGGGCGUUGGCCUGGCCUCCUGAGUUCACACCAAGUUUGUUUUUUAGCCUCUUCAUCCCUGAGCGUUGUGGCUGGCAGGUUCUCCGUGGAGCCCUGUGGCACUGAGGCCGGGACGCAGAGUUGGGUGCCUGUGACUCAGAUGCUGGUCCUUCCCCUACUGGGCAGCCCCCCAGCCCACGGGGCCUCCCGGAGCCCUUCCCAGCCAGUGUGAACUGCGGGUGGAGUUCCUGGGUCCCCAGCACCCGUGCUCAGCAGGAUUUUAAAGUAGUCACAUGUUCACGACUCAGCCAGUAGCCUGCAGCCUUCCGUGACGCCUCGCUCCUUCCUCCAAUUUCUAGUUCUUUCCGACCCUCAGGCUCCCCAGGCAGCCUGAAGUCCCGAGUCUUGGCAGUUACUGCAUUUUGCUUCACAUGGCCCACUGUGGAAAGGGACCAAGUCACAGCCGCGCUUUUCAGUGGUUACCAAACUGUUUGGAAGCUCAUAACAAGGCCCAGCUGUGACGCUCCCACAGCAGGCAGCUGGCACAGCGUGGCCUGAGGGGUUGUGGGACGGGGCCUGGAAUUAACAUUUUAUUUCAGGGUUUCAUCUGUUCUGCAAACAAGCUGUCCAGAUAAAUAGGACAGCCGUUUCCCGGGUGAGAAACCAGAGACUAGAAAAAUUAAGUAAAUACUUUUGUACUGUGCAAAUUUUACAUCUAAUUGUUGAAAAUGCAAGCAAAUGACUAAAAAAAGAGGGAAAACAUACCUGCAAUGGUCUGUGGCCACACACUUAACCUGAAAAUGGGUUGAGCUCCGAGUCCUCGUGCUGAAUGAGCCAUGUGCCUUGGCAGACGAGUAGCCUUGUGAGGAUCCAAAACGAUGGUCUCCUUAAAUGUUUACCACUGAUGAGACUUUUUCUAAGUAAAAAAAUUUUCUUAAGUCUCUGAAGAGCCCCCCUUCAUAUUAUCUUUUUCUAUUCUCCAAAAGGAUUUUGCGUUUGAGGUGUAGUUUUUAAUUCAAUCAGAACUGUUACCAAAAGACAACUGCCAGUUUUAUUAGAACAAAAAAAACCAUAAACCUAUUUUUAUGAUUUAACACUGCGAGAGAUUAUAGACACUGGAAGUUUUUAACAAAUGUAUAUUUAUUAAUGCUCAAAACACUGGACUGACAGCACAAGUGAGAAGAGUCUACAAUAAAUUAAGAUUUCUGGAUUUGUAUUUCUGUUGUGCUGGUCUCCCCCACGUGUCUGUCCCUCAUUUCUAAGGCAGCUCUGGAAGGGGCCACUUGCGGACACUGGUGGCAGGCCUGGUGGAGCACGGUUCUGGAACUUUCUGCUCGUUCUGCUUCAGGCCCAUAGCAGCCUGGAGGGCAGGUCCUGUUUGGGGUUUCCUGAGCAGCUUGAGUGAGUCUGCAGAUUUAUGUCAUUCACCAAAUUUGGGAAGUUUUUAACCAUUAUCUCUCAAGUAUUUUUUCUACCCCCAUCUCCUUGCCCCUCCUGGGACACCACUGACACGAAUGUGAGGCGUCUGAUGUUGCUCCACGGGCCUCUGAGGCUUUCUUCGUCUUCCUCAUCCUCAUCUGUGCUUCAGAGAUUUCAUUCCAGCGCUCGAGCUUCAGGUUUACAGGCGCCUUCCCCUGCCGUCUUCCUGCUGCUACUGAGCCACCCAGUGAAGUUUCGUUUCAAACACUGUAAAUUCAAGUUCUGGAAUUUCCACCUGGCUCCCAGGCGUGCUCCUCCAGAGCCCACGGGCCUCUGUGCUGCUGAGUGGCAGGAGCGGUCGGCGCAGCGGGCGGUCAGUGCGCAGGGCUCAGGCUGGGGCUGUCGCCAGGACACUCGGCAGCUGCCUUGGACUUGCUCUUCUGGAGUGUGUGGGCGGACGGCCCCAGGCGCAGGAUCUUUCCACUGCCCAGGCACUCAUCCCCUUUGUAGAACACAGCAAACUGCAAAACAGGGAGGCUGGGUCAGCUGCAGGCGGUGGACAGGCCUGGUGCUGCUGGCUGGUGGCACUGAAGGGGUUGGAGGCCACACUUUGCAGAGUUCACUCCCAGCUCGGGCCCAGCCCAGCAACUGCCUCUGGAGCUUGGUGCUGCUGCUUGAGGGAGAGGAGAGUCUGCGUGGGAGGGGAGCAGGAACCCCGGGAGAGCAAGCAGCAGGGCUCUGAGCGGGUCUUCCCCAUGGCAGCCCUGGCACUCCCGCCAUGUGAACCCCCUCCAAGCUCAGCUUCCAACCUGCCAACACUGUGUUCUCCAGGGGAUUAGGAGCCACACAUCCUUUCAGGUCUGUCUUUGGCCGCACACACACCUGGGGUGGCAUCACCACUCACAGCCCCAGGCCCACGGCUGCAGCAAGGCACCCCCUCCCAAGUGCUGAGGCACAGCCCCCGCAUUCCCCAGCCCCUGCGGGCCCACCCACUCACCUGGCCCAAGGCAAGUGCCCGCACAGCCGUCACAGCUGUCACCCACACAGUGCCAUCUUGGUUGAGGGUGAGCACACAGGGCACUAAGUGGGAGAGAAGUUGCCUUAGAGGGGGACGCUGGUCCCAGGUCCUCAGGAAAGGGGGAGCACUAAGUAGUGGGCACAGAGACUUUGGCUCUGAGGGGCCCUCCAGCAUCACCUCCUGCUAGGACGGUCAGGGCAGCACCCGAGGGGCUCACGAGCUGCUGGCUAGGCCCACAGGACACACAGGCACUAUGGGGCAGCAGGUAGCACCUGCCGCCCAAUCCAGCCAUGCUGGAACCAUUGUCCCCCAGCACCUCCCAGGCCGCUCCCCAAGGGAGGGGGAGGGAAAAGGAGCACGGAGUACUUCAUGCAAUCUGUGCUGCGCCCCCCUGGGCGGAAGGCAGCCCAGCUCCAAGCACCUGCUCCUGGCUCCCCGGGACAGGGGCCCCCACUCAGUCACCUAGUGCCAUCUGGUGGCGGAACCGGAAGUGGCACUCCAUCAUCUUGUCGCGGACCAGGGUGGCGGGCGGCUCCUCCGCGACCCAGUGCACACGGCUGGUCCGCAGCAGCUCCCUGUACAGUGCAGGGUGGUCCGUCCGGGGGGCCUGCGGGGCGGAGUGUGCAGUUCGAGACCAGAGGCUGAGGCCCCCAACCCCAGAGCCCACCACCCGGUACUAAAGUAAUGACGAACAGAGCAGCAGGCAUUUAUCGUGAAGGGUUACUGCGCCAUCUAAACUUCUCCCCUGUGGAAAUCCAUUUCAUCAUCGCACAAGCCACUGUGUCCCCAUUUUGCAAAAGAGAAGACUCAGGCACAGCAGGUAAAGGAACGUCCAAGGUCACUGUCAGCCUGGGCUGGGGGGAGGUCAGAACUCCUGCCCGCGGCUCCAGCCUCCGCCUGCCCUUCCCUGUUCCCUGCCCUCGCGAGGCCCCUGGAGGAGCAGGACCAAGCAGUGUCAACUCCAGGAUUUCAGGCUCCAGGUGGGCAGUGAGUUUCAUGAGGGGACAAGUAGCAGUCAGUGACCCUUCAGGUUUCUCUCCAGCAAACAAAGAGCACUGAACUGUUAAAUCACUCAAGUCCAUGCUCAGCCCCCAUCAUUUCCAGGCUUUUCACUCCCAUGGCCCUUCACGGGAGGGGGUCUGAGCACGGGCAGGCGAGGUCUGCUCGCCUCCGCCGCAGUGAAGACAAGGUUCCCCGGCACUGGUGACUGCACGAGGCAGCGGCUCGGCUGGCUUUCGAGCGGGUUUCUCCCGAGAGGCUGGGUGACUCUGAGUACAGGGAGAGGGGGAGGGGGCGCUCCAGCUUAGUGGCAUCCCGGGCCCCUACCCACUAGGCAUCAGUAGUACCUCCCCCCAAGAUGAGACAAACAAAAUGUCCCCAGACAAUGCCCCAUGCACCCCAGAGGCCAAACAUGUGCCGAGUGAGGAGCCCUGCUUGGAGUCGGGUGCAGUGCAGUCCAGGGCAGGGGCUCGGGGCCAGGUGGCAGGCGGCCGGGUGGCAUCCUGGCCCUGCCACUGCACUUUCUGUGAUUCCUUACUGAGCUCCUGCCACAAGGCUGGCACUGUCCCAGGCAGUGAAGCUACUUCAUCUCCAGGGUGGGCUUUGGCAAAUUACUUAUUCUGAGUCUCAUUUUUCCCUUUUUAACAUCAGAGAAAGUGUCUCCACUCACAGAGACUGCUGUGACAACUGACAGGGUGACCAGCACACAGGAAGAGUUUAAUAGAUUCCUCAAAACUGAACAACUGAGAGCGAGCCCUCCUGUUACCUGGGGUCAGUCCCCGACGGACACAGAGAUCGGGCGAGGCCGCUUGGCACUGACCGUGACUUGGCAGUGCUCCACAAGCCCCAGGCCCAGAUGCUGUUGGAUCGGCUGAAAACAGACCCCGGUCACCCCACAAUGGGCGAGCGCGCUACUCACCACAAACACGUCACCCUGGGCGCCGUCCUUCUCCACCACAUACCAGGGCUCCUUCAAGCCGCCGAUCUUGGCUCUCUGGCCCAAAGUGUACAGGAACCAGCCUGGGGAGAUGCAGUUUGCAGCAAGGCCUGGAACGCCACCCCACCUGCCGUGUCUCCCUCAGAGACUGCUGUCGGCUACCCUGGGACCCCACCUCACCUGGGGUUCUCCACCCAGAACUGGGCUCUGAACACUUCUCUUAGGCGUCCGGGUUCCCAUUAGCACGAGGGAUGCACCAUGACCAGGAAUGGACCACACACACUGGGAAGAGGAGGUCCCAGAGCAGGGACUGCCUGACCCAUGAGGGGCAGGGGCAGCCGCUUCAGAACGUGGCCUCUGAAUGCCCUGGGGAGGCCCUGGCCUGGCUGCGGUCUUGUGGGUCUAACCCCCAAGGCCCCCCAUGCCCCGGUGUCCAAUGCACUGCCUGCACUGGGGCCGGCGACAUCCGCUUCCUGCAGGUUAUCAGGGCCCAAUUCCUUCCUGACAACGCUCUGCACACCACUGACCCCAAAACAAACUGUCAGGAGACCAGAUGCAACAGCACCUCCCAUCCCCCACUCUCCGGAAUCUGGAACCCCCAUAGCAUAAGGCAGAGACAACCUGAUGGGGAUCUGCACAGUCUGAGCUCAGCACUAAAACUGCAAUCACGGGCAUCCACCACGAGUCAGCCAACCACCACCACAGGGUUGGGGCUGGGAAGACCCCGCAGUUCUGCCCCAAGCCAGGUGUCACCUCCUCUAACUUCUACUUUCCCACUGCCUGGUGCUGUGGGGAGCCCGUGACUUCUAAGCCCUGCCUCCCACCACCACCCCCCAUUGGAAGGGGAAGCUGUCCUGCCCAAACCAAGGUAGAAGAAUUCCAAAGAGCAAUUCCUCCGUGAGACUUGGCAGUAUCUGAAAACCUAGCCCUUAUCCUCCAGCCAGUCCCACAACUCAGGUCUUACAGGGUCAAGACUCUCGGCAAUCACGUCCCCAGGGGCUCUCUUGGGUGCCGUCAGCCCUAACCCCAAGGGCGCGUCCCACUGCACCUGGCCACCUCUCGUGGCAUGUUGUCCACACACCUCUCGUGGCAUGUCCUCCACACCUGUCUGUCUCCACCUGGACUAUGAACUCUUGCCACAGUACAUCUGUCCUCUCUGAAGGUGACACAGUGUGGGCCCACAGGACCAGUGCUCCUGAGCUGGAAACUGUCACACGCGGGGCCCCUUCCGAUCCCACUGCUUCACUAUCUUACCCAUGAAAAGAAGGCUUUCAAGUCAACCUAAAAACCACUUCUGUCAGAGUGGAACUUUUCUGUAAUCUAGUAUUUUCCUUCCUUAGUGAGAAAAUAAUUUAUAAGGACAUAAUUCAGAGUGAAGUUCUUUUGAAACAGAUGGUGAUCAUUUCCAUUAACCCCAAUGUUGAAAUGGAGAUGAAACAGCCUGGUCAGAGCGACCACCCUAUGCAGCGAGACCCCAGUGGACCAGGCAGAUCCCCCGGGACUCACUGGCCGGCUGGGGUAGGGUGGGGGACCGCAUCCUGUCGCAGUUUCCCAGAGUUGAAACACACCCUCCCCUCAAGGAGCUGACGAUGGAAAGCAGCCAGUGGAUGCGCCUCACCUUGAUGCGUCCCCAGAACUUUAUUGUCUUCUACAGAAAUAAAUUUACCAGGCCGCGGCUGUAAAUACUGGAAAACAAAGGGUUCAUCAGUAAGAAGACCUGGGCCCAGAGCUGAAACAAUGGCUCCAUCCUUCUGAUCAAAGAACACUCACCUGAAGAAUGAAAUUUUCAAAAUUCCUUUUACCAACGAAACAGAUCCCCAUGCUCUGCAACGAAAGGAAGGCCGACCAUGAGCGCAACAGUGGACAGGAGGCGUCCCAAGUGCGCAGGCCUCCACCGCAGAGGACCGCAGGCCGGGCCCCAUCCUGCGAGCCCCAAGGGGUGGCCAAGGCUGCCCAGCCCUCACCACCUGCCCUAAACCUCACCCCACUUCCGGGGCAGAGAGCCCCACAAGACACUGGUCACAACCACAAACGGACCUGAAAGGGCUUAAAGCAGGUUAUUUAAGGCUCCAAAACUUGGCUCUUGCCACGUAAGUGACGUCGCAUCACUUACAAGCCCAGCAGGGCCUGGAGUGUGGGCAGAACAUCAGGCCAGCUGCCCCUGGAAAUGAUACUGGGAAUGAAAGUUCACCAAAAAUCAAGCAGCAGAAAGAAAACCAACCCUGGUCAAGCUGGUCAGGCCACUGUCCCUUGAGCAGUGGGGCUGAGGCAGGACCAGAGCAGAACAGGAGAGCAGCCAGGCCAGAUGCCACAGCCUCAGUGGGACGGUCAGAAGAAGAAGAUGCUUUUCCCAAGGUGACCUUUAAAGCACAAGAAGACUGAGCGCAAAGAAGGCCUCUGUCCACUGCCCACCUGUCAUACAGCUUCAUCAUUUAUGCUCUGGUUUGUCUCUCCUGCUGGAGUGUGGGUCCCAUGAGGGUGAAGACCUCCCCACAGAUCUCCAUAACUCCCUCACCCCACUGGAAACAAAUAGGGGAAUGGACAGAGAGGAGCUGGCAGAUGGAUGGACGGGUGGACAGACAGAUGGAUGGAUGUCUUCUUCAGGAACAACCAAUGCUGAUGAAAGGCCCAGCCAUGCCCAUUCCCAAGGAGACAAACAAGAGGUAGUUGCUAGAGCAAAAGCUGCAUCAGCCCUGAGAUGGCCUGAUUAGAAAGCGCACCCCAGUGUCUGCUGAGCUCACUGGCUCACCCAGCGGCACCUCAUCCUCCAUCACUGAGCCCCACCGCACUGGCUUUACCUUAAUUCCCUCAAUAAACCAAGUUCUUUCUUGCCUCGGGCCCCUGUA